AUGUAUACAGAGGAAUCUAAAACUUUUUGGCACUGUGUGCCUUCUACUAAUUUUCCCAAUGUCGUUGAUAUUUUCUUUUACAUUUUUGAGACAACGGGCCUGCUUCUCAACGCUUUCGUUCUAGCUGGCCUCUCCAAAGCCCAUCCCAUUCCACGCACGAGCCUUAUGCUCCUGCGUAGCAUCAGCGUUUGCUGCCUUCUUACAGCAUUUAUGAACUUCCUUGAAGACGUGUACCCUUUCUCAUGGCGCUCCCACAAUUACCACUUUGACCGGCUUGUUUGCAUCUUUUGGAGAAGCCGCUUCUUUUACUGGAUAUUUGUUGUAAUGGGUACUCACUACCUCGUUUUCUUCUGCUUCGAUCGUCUCGCAGUGAUUGAAAAUGCAAGGGAAUACAAAAAUGUGGUAGAAGAGCACAGGAUCCUGGCAUAUCACAUCACGGCCGUCAUCGGUGGGAUUCUGCUUACCAUGCCUCAAGUUCUAACGGUUAACCUACAGGGUGAUACUUGUGAUUGUGCGCCCACACAAGUGAAUAUUCCCUUCCUCUCCGUCAUCUACGCCCAUGUCUACGUUUGGUUUUCACUCAUGUUCAUCUUCGUCACCUGCGUUCUUGCUUACGUCUGCUACAGACUGGUGAAAGCCGUUCGUGACCCUUCCGGACAUAAUCGCACCGACGAUCUCUGUUUAAUGACCCUGCAAUCUGAGGCUUGCGUCAGGGGCGUGCAGUCGGCGCCUCCACUUAGCUGGCGUUCGGCCAGUAUGUGUAUUUUACCCCUGGCGUUGAGUUACUCCCUCACCUUUGUCUAUGAUUGCAUCUACCAGUUCCUGAGUGCCCUCAGUCUGACUACCUUCAUUAUAAACAGCACACAACAGCAGGUUGGAGCUCUGUUACUGGUAGUCAAUACGAGCCUCCUUCCAUGCAUUCUGCUCUUAUAUAUUCCUGCUCUUCGCUCCUUCGUGGUGCUGGUUCUCCAAAAGUUGCGCUUGCACAGAUGA